CCACCACUCAGUUUCCACACAUUUGUCCUUCGUUGAACUCUCUCCAUACCCAUUCUGUUAACUAUAUUCUAUUCUGUUAUCAUCCCCUGCUCUUUUCUUUUCGCCCAAUUUUGGGUUAAACCCUAACCUAUACAUACACAUACACACACAAAUUGUAUACGUAUAUAUUGUUUAUCUGCGAUGCAGGCCUCUUCGGUGAUGCUCGGCGCGACGCCUAUGGUUGCUCCGGUUCAGGUCAAACCUCUCGUGUAUGUUCCACCGACUUCGAGUGUCGUUGCGUCGCGGACUUGCCAGACCAGGAGGAUUACUCUGUCGAAAUCGAGACGGAAGCCUGCUCGUGCUCAAUUUGUUAGCAACAAGAAUGUGUGGAAGCCAUACAGUUCAGUCCUGGUUGAAACCUCCGCACAAAAAGUAUCAUCUGACCAGUUGAGAUGCUUCUCUUGCCUCCAUCAUGGCGCCAGGAGGAAAUAUCGUGUAAACAGAUCCAUGCCAACAGUUUUUGUCGACAAAUCUUCUUCAUUUUUGUCGAGGAGGGAACUUGACAAUAUUUUUGUAAAACAAGCUCAUAUUCCUCAUGCUGUUGUCGGUCCAGAUGAGCCACAUGCAGCCAGUACGACCUGGCCAGAUGGCGUUCUAGAGAAACAGGAGUUAGAUCUAUUGGAUCCUCAAAUAGGUGGAGGUGAAAUUACAUCCUUAGAGGAUUUUUUAGCUUCAGAGCUUCCGUCUCACCCAAAGUUGUAUAGAGGGCAACUGAAUAAUGGACUUCGAUACCUUAUUUUACCAAAUAAAAUUCCAGCAAACAGGUUUGAAGCUCACAUGGAGGUUCAUGCGGGAUCAAUUGAUGAAGAAGAAGAUGAGCAAGGGAUAGCACAUAUGAUUGAGCAUGUUGCAUUUCUUGGGAGUAAAAAGCGUGAAAAGCUAUUGGGUACAGGGGCACGAUCUAAUGCUUACACAGAUUUUCAUCAUACUGUGUUUCAUAUUCAUUCACCAACUCGUUCAAAGGACUCUGAUGGGGACUUACUUCCUGUGGUUCUGGAUGCAUUGAAUGAGAUAGCUUUUCACCCCAAUUUUCUUGCUUCUCGAGUUGAAAAAGAAAGGCGAGCAAUAUUAUCAGAGCUGCAGAUGAUGAAUACCAUUGAGUAUCGUGUCGAUUGCCAGUUGCUACAACAUUUGCACUCUGAGAACAAGUUGAGCAAAAGAUUUCCAAUUGGACUAGAAGAGCAAAUUAAGAAGUGGGAUGCAGAUAAAAUAAGGAAAUUCCAUGAGAGAUGGUACUUUCCGGCAAAUGCAACUUUAUAUAUUGUGGGAGACAUUGACAACAUAUCAAAGACAAUAGCUCAUAUUGAAGCUGUCUUUGGGCAGACAGGAAUAGAAAAUGAAACUGUUACAGCACCUACUCCCAGUGCAUUUGGUGCAAUGGCUAACUUCCUUGUUCCUAAGCUUACAGUAGGGUUGGGUGGUAAUCUAUCUCAAGAGAGGUCAUCUUUAUCCGCUGACCACUCAAAAAUGAGGAAGGAGAGACAUGCAGUUCGCCCUCCUGUCGAGCAUAAUUGGUCUCUUCCUGGGAUUGGUGAAGAUGUGAAACCUCCUCAAAUAUUUCAGCAUGAGUUGCUUCAAAAUUUCUCGGUUAAUAUGUUCUGCAAGAUUCCUGUUAAGAAAGUUCGAACAUUUGGAGACUUGCGAAAUGUUUUGAUGAAGAGGAUAUUUCUUUCUGCUCUGCAUUUCAGGAUUAAUACUCGAUACAAGAGUUCAAAUCCUUCAUUCACCUCUAUUGAGUUGGAUCAUAGUGACUCUGGGAGGGAAGGUUGCACCGUGACCACACUUACAGUAACCGCUGAACCCAAAAAUUGGCAAAAUGCUAUUAAAGUGGCUGUUCAGGAGGUCCGCCGGCUUAAGGAGUUUGGUGUCACGAAAGGAGAAUUAGCUCGAUAUAUGGAUGCUUUGCUAAAAGAUAGUGAACAGUUAGCAGCUAUGAUUGAUAAUGUCGCAUCUUUGGAUAAUUUGGAUUUUGUUAUGGAGAGUGAUGCGCUCGGUCAUACCAUCAUGGAUCAAAUGCAGAGUCAUGAGAGUUUACUCGCUGUUGCUGGGACAGUCACUCUUGAAGAAGUAAACUCUAUUGGUGCCGAGGUGUUGGAAUACAUCUCUGAUUUUGGGAAACCAUCUGCACCCAUUCCUGCUGCAGUUGUUGCCUGUGUGCCUAAAAAAGUACAUGUUGAGGGAGUAGGUGAAUCUGAGUUUCGAAUAACACCAGCUGAGAUAAUAUCUGCUGCCAAAGAAGGUCUAGAAGAACCAAUAGAGCCAGAGCCGGAGCUUGAAGUGCCAAAAGAAUUAAUCAGCUCUAAACAGCUUGAUGAACCAAGGUUGCAGCGCGAACCUUGCUUUAUCUCAGUAAGUCAAGAUGCAGGUUCCUCAAAAGUCUAUGACAAAGAAACUGGAAUUACUCAACGGCGUCUUUCUAAUGGAAUCCCAGUAAAUUACAAGAUAACAAGUAAUGAGGCAAAAGGAGGAGUCAUGCGGCUCAUAGUUGGUGGUGGAAGAGCGGCUGAAACUCUGGAGGCAAAGGGAGCUGUGGUUUUGGGCGUUCGAACCCUUAGUGAGGGUGGCCGUGUUGGAAAUUUCUCAAGGGAGCAGGUUGAACUUUUCUGUGUGAAUCACCUGGUUAAUUGUUCACUUGAGUCAACCGAAGAAUUUAUUUGUAUGGAGUUCCGUUUCACUUUAAGAGAUGAUGGGAUGCGUGCGGCUUUCCAGUUGCUUCACAUGGUACUUGAGCAUAGUGUAUGGCUGGAUGAAGCAUUUGAUAGGGCAAGACAAUUAUACCUAUCUUAUUACCGUUCUAUACCAAAAAGCUUAGAACGCUCAACAGCUCACAAGCUGAUGCAAGCAAUGCUGAAUGGAGAUGAGCGGUUUGUGGAACCCACUCCACAAUCAUUACAGAACUUAAAUUUGCAAUGCGUGAAAGAUGCAGUGAUGAAUCAAUUUGUUAGUGAUAAUAUGGAGGUGAGUAUUGUGGGCGACUUCUCAGAAGAGGAUAUUGAGUCUUGUAUUCUUGAUUAUCUUGGCACAAUUUCAGCAAGUACUGGAUCUGAAAGGGCACAAAGAUAUCACCCAAUCAUAUUCCACCAAUGUCCACCCAGUUUGCAUUUUCAACAGGUAUUCUUAAAAGAUACUGAUGAAAGAGCAUGUGCGUAUAUUGCUGGCCCUGCACCAAAUCGCUGGGGAUUUUCAUGUCUGGGUGAAGAUCUAUUUGAAAGCUUAAGGGAUGUUUCAGCCUAUGAUGGUGAAAUAUCAGUAACAGAGUCUCUUGUAGAAGUCCAAGAUGUUAAGAAGGAUAUGCAAAAAAGGCUACACAGUCACCCAUUAUUCUUUGCCAUUACACUGGGACUUCUGGCAGAAAUAAUUAAUUCGAGGCUUUUUACUACAGUCAGGGAUUCUCUUGGAUUGACUUAUGAUGUAUCCUUCGAACUGAACUUGUUCGAUAGGCUGAACCUUGGGUGGUAUGUGAUCUCAGUAACGUCAACCCCAGCAAAGGUCCAUAAAGCAGUUGAUGCUUGCAAGAAUGUCCUAAGAGGCUUGCAUAGUAGCAAGGUUGUCCAAAGGGAACUAGACCGGGCGAAGCGGACACUGUUGAUGAGACAUGAGGCUGAAACUAAGUCAAAUGCUUAUUGGCUUGGACUCUUAGCUCACUUACAAGCAUCCUCUGUGCCAAGGAAGGACAUAUCCUGCAUUAAGGAUCUUACGAUGCUAUAUGAGGCUGCCACAAUUGGUGAUAUAUACCUCGCAUACGAGCAAUUGAAAAUAGAUGAUGACUCCUUGUUCUCAUGCAUUGGAGUUGCUGGGGCUCAGGCAGGGGAAGAAAUAAUAGAUGAGGUAGAGCCUGUUGAGCACUUCCAUGGUGUCAUUCCAGUAGGCCGUGGUUCAUCUACAAUGACAAGACCAACAACCUAACGUUCUAUGUUCAUGUCUUAUUUUUUCUCUCUACUAUGCAGGCAUAAUUGAGCAUGAGGUGGCUGUAGUUUGACAAAACUUUGAUGUCCACCUUCUCAGAAGACCUUAUAUGCUAUCACGUAGAUGAUUUGCAACAAAUGUUAGCUCAAAGUUUAGUGUAUGGUUACAUAGGGAAAUACUGGCAAUCUCAAAAAGCUAUCCUAAAUUUAUCCAGGCGAAUUUUGGUCUCAUACUGCAACGUUUAAUUUGUUUGAAGUAUGAGCAGAGCAAGAUUAUAAGCAAUUAUCAGAAGGCGGGAGUGUCAAAGCUUUAAAUAACAGUGACUUUGUAUUACUGCUGGUUGAAUGGACCAUACAAACCAUCUUGUAGAACCUAGAAUGUGCACACCUUAUAGUUCCAUAAGUACAGUUACAUAAUAAAUUGUAUGCUUAGUAGGUUAGAUAAAUAGACGAUUUACUGUUGCCUUUCUGUCAUGGCUUAGGUGUAUCUCAUUUGUUGUGUAUAUUAGAUGUAUCAUUCUUAGAAAUCUCAGAAUAGCAAAAAAUAAUAUGUAUAAUGUCUUCUUCAUUAUGUAGAACUAAUUUAUUUGUUCUCACCUAA